AUGUGUGGUAUUUUCGGAUAUUGCAACUAUUUGGUCGAGAAAUCGCGUGGGGAGGUGAUCGACACCCUAGUGGAAGGUCUGCAAAGACUGGAGUACCGUGGCUAUGAUUCCACCGGUAUAGCCAUCGACGGCGAUGAGCCAGACUCUACACUUAUAUACAAGCAGAUUGGUAAAGUGGCAGCGCUGGAAAAAGAGAUCGAAAAACAGCAACCGGAACGCGAAGCCACCUUUGUGUCGCACUGCGGUAUUGCCCACACUCGUUGGGCCACCCACGGUGAGCCCAAAGUGGUGAACUGCCAUCCCCAGCGGUCUGACUCCCACAACGAUUUUGUGAUUGUACACAAUGGUAUCAUCACCAACUUCCGGGAGCUCAAACAGCUGUUGGCCAACAAGGGCUACCAUUUCGAGUCUGACACAGACACGGAGUGCAUUGCCAAGCUUUUUAAGCAUCUGUACGACACGAACGUGGCAAACGGCGUGGAUGUCGAUUUCCACGAACUCACAAUGCAAGUGCUGCUGGAAUUAGACGGGUCGUACGGGCUGCUGUGCAGAUCUGUGCACUACCCCAAUGAGGUAAUUGCCACGCGUAAGGGUUCUCCGCUGUUGAUCGGCGUCAAGUCCGAGCGUAAGCUGAAAGUCGACUUUGUCGACGUAGAAUUCCCAGACUCGGACGAAGACGCUCAACCAGAGGUGCCCAUCAACACUGUUCGUGGGGAACAACGUAGCUUCUUGCCCAUUGCUGCAAACGAAUCGGCACUAAGACGUUCGCAAUCACGCGCGUUUUUGUCCGAAGACGGUGCACCCAACCCAGUUGAAUUUUUCGUUUCUUCUGAUGCUGCCUCUGUUGUCAAACACACCAAGAAAGUGCUGUUCUUAGAAGAUGACGAUAUUGCUCACAUUUACGACGGUGAAUUGCAUAUCCACAGAUCCAGACGCAAAAUGGGCGAGUCUGCAACAAGAUCUAUUCAAACUCUGGAACUGGAGCUUGCUCAAAUCAUGAGAGGUCCUUACAAGCAUUUCAUGCAGAAAGAAAUCUUCGAGCAGCCAGACUCCACUUUCAACACCAUGAGAGGUAGAAUGGACUUCGACCAUAACAGUGUAAAGCUCGGUGGACUGGACGCUUGGCUGCCCGUGAUUAGAAGGGCACGUAGAUUGAUCAUGAUCGCGUGCGGUACUUCGUAUCACUCGUGUUUGGCAACCAGAGCUAUUUUCGAAGAACUUUCGGAAAUCCCUGUGAGUGUCGAACUGGCCUCUGAUUUCUUGGAUCGUAAGACCCCUGUCUUCAGAGACGACGUCGCCGUGUUUGUAUCCCAAAGUGGUGAAACUGCAGACACAAUGCUUGCCCUCAAAUACUGCUUGGAGAGAGGUGCCUUGACUGUUGGUAUUGUGAACAGCGUUGGUUCUUCGAUUUCGAGAGUUACCCACUGUGGUGUACACAUUAAUGCAGGCCCAGAGAUUGGUGUGGCCUCCACAAAGGCCUACACUUCGCAGUACAUCGCUCUGGUGAUGUUUGCAUUAUCCUUGUCGGACGACAGAGUGUCCAAGAUUGAAAGAAGAAAAGAGAUCAUACAAGGCCUAAGGCAUAUUCCUGAACAGAUUAAAACCGUAUUGAAAUUGGAACCUCUUAUCAAAGAUCUGUGCAACACAGAAUUGAAGGAUCAGAAGUCCCUUCUGCUAUUGGGCAGAGGAUACCAGUUUGCCUCGGCCCUGGAAGGUGCUUUGAAAAUUAAGGAGAUUUCGUACAUGCAUUCCGAGGGUGUUCUUGCUGGAGAACUAAAGCAUGGUGUACUCGCUUUGGUUGACGAGGAGCUACCAAUCAUUGCUUUUGCAACAAGAGAUUCGCUAUUUCCCAAAGUUGUUUCUUCAAUCGAACAAGUUGUUGCCAGAAAGGGGCGUCCUAUUAUUAUUUGCAACGAGAACGAUGAGGUUUGGAACGCAAAGGCCAAGAACGCAAGUCUUGUCACUUUAGAGGUCCCACUUACCGUUGACUGUUUGCAAGGUUUGCUAAACAUUAUCCCACUGCAACUUACAUCCUACUGGCUUGCUGUCAACAAAAACAUCGACGUUGAUUUCCCAAGAAACCUGGCGAAAUCGGUCACCGUGGAGUAA